CAUUAAAAUGCAAUGUUAUACAAAUGAAGAAGCCUUAGCAAGUCUCUUCAUCAAUGUCUCCACAUCUUUCUUUCUUCUCCUUCUCCUCCUCUACUCCGCCGUCUCCCUCCUCCACAGGCUUUUACACUUCAUCGGCGGCUACCCUCUUCUCCAAAGGAAUGAAGAUGAAUAUGAUUCGGCGGCGUGGUAUUCCGAUGAAGAAGAAGAGGAGGAGGAAGGGGAAGAAGAAUUCAAAAUGUCGUGUAAUACAAGUUACCAUGUGAUAUCUAGAGAUCAAAAUCCGGAUUUGAUAGCUGAUAUUGGAGACGACGGAGAGUCUUUAGUGUUUUACAAUAAUACUCCUCAAGGUGGACUAAAUAAUCACUACACGAAGGAGUUCAUAAAUCAAACUCAUUAUGAACACGAAGAAGAAGAGGAAGAAGAUGUUGACCAGGAUUCCAACACUUCUUCCACAGAGGAACAUUUUUCUUCUGCCAAUGUUUCUCCUUAUCGCAGCGAAUCAUCGAUAGAAGAGGAAGACGAUGGCGUAGAAGAUCUUCAUGACGAUGAUGAUGACGAUGAUGAAGAGGUAGGAGGAGUGUCACGAUACGACGUCGUAGAGGAUUUGGUUCGUAAUAAGCAACCAAAUACUACUAGUGCUAGUACUCGUGGUCCCUCUCGCUUCCAAAGUGGUUUGGUGUUCAAUGACAAAAGCUACAAUGCAGGACUGUGUGUGUCUAAUGGAGGAAUCAAGGAUGACGAGGAGAUACAGCCAGCACCAGGCUUCGACAUGAGUGAGAUCAAAGCAGAGGAAUUAGAGGAAGAAGAAGAAGAAAAAGAGAGAGGAGAGAUAUUUGGAGAGUCAUGCACGAAUGGGUCGACGUCAAAAAGCUCAUCGGAAUGGAGAAACUCUGUAAAGACCGACGACCCUUUCUCAACCUCCUCUCGCCGGAGUUGCCCUAAAUGGGAAUCUUACACCGUCUUCCAAAAAUAUGACGAAGAAAUGACUUUUCUCACUAGAAUCUCUGCUCAGAAGCUUCACGAAACAGAAUCGUUGAAGUCAAUCAUGGUGGAGCCAAGAUCGAUAUCGGAGAGGAUCGUUCACAAGUUAUCAUCAAACGGACACAAGAAAAAACAACAACAAUAUCCAGGUGGCAAUGGGUCGAGACCAAACCCCUACGCGGAACUAGAAUCAGCUUACGUGGCGCAGAUAUGUCUAACAUGGGAAGCUCUAAGUUGGAACUACAAAAACUUCGAGAGGAAACGAUCAUCCACGCAACGAAGCUUCAACGACAUCGGAAGUCCCGCCGGAAUCGCCGACCAAUUCCGUACGUUUCACAUUUUAUUACAAAGGUACGUGGAGAACGAGCCUUACGAACAUGGAAGAAGGCCAGAGAUUUAUGCCCGAAUGCGAACACUUGCUCCCAAAUUGCUUCUUGUUCCUGAAUACCAAGAUUAUGAGGAAGAGGAGGAGAAGGAAGAAGAGAAAGAGGAGGGUUUCAAGUCGAGGAUAUCGUCAGCUUCGUUCUUGAUGAUAAUGGAGGAGUGCAUAAGAACGUUCAUGAAUUUUCUCAAAGCGGAUAAAGAGAAGCCUUGUCAAAAGAUCAUCAAAGCCUUUUUCGGGAGAAGUAAACGAGGCUCCGUUGAUCCAACCCUUGUCCAUCUCAUGAAAAAAGUCAACACAAAGAAAAAGGCGAAAUUGAAAGAGAUGCGUAAAGGAGGAAAAUACAUGAGGAAGAAGAAGAUGAGUAUAGAGGAGGAAAUGGAGAUACUGAUGGGAUUAAUAGAUUUGAAAGUGGUGUCAAGAGUGUUGAGGAUGAAUGAGAUGAAUGAAGAGAAGUUGCAUUGGUGUGAAGAGAAGAUGAGCAAAGUUAAGAUUGCUCAAGGUGGAAAGGCACUUCAAAGAGAUUCCACUCCACUUUUAUCCCCUCCACAUUGACAUUUUGACCCUACUACUACUAUUUUAAUCACAUCUCUCAGCUCAGAAUAUACCCUUUAUUCUUUCCCCACCCACAUGAUCCUUCUUCUUCCUUUAUUUCUUUCUAAUUUUCCUGUUUUUUACACCUCAUAUUGUAGGAGAUCUUUUAGACAAAACAACCCACAAAUAAAGAGCACCCAUAUCGAAUAAAUAGAUAGGGAUAUACUGUAGAUUGCUUUAGUUCUUUAUACUUUAUACUUUCUCUUUGUUUUUCCUUUUCUUUGCUCUAAUAUCUUUUCUACUU